UGUCGUCGUAUAACGACAUAAAAUAAACAGCAUCACUAUGAUAUCUCACAGUCCACCCAUCUUUAGUCAUAGUCCACCGGUCAGUUUCUUAGCCGACUUCAUGAAUAAUCGUCAAAGUUUAAAUUGUAAUGAUGAACAUAAUCGUGCAUCACGCUAUUGCCGCCCUCCAGUUAUAACAUUGGCCUCAAAGGCUAUGGUUAAUAACGCCCAGCAACGUGUAGCUAGUCCUAAUUUCGGUGGUACAUCGUCAAACGAUAAUAAUCGCCUAAAUUCCAAUUCCAACAACACCAGCAGCAACAGUAACGCCCAAUAUAAAGCAAAUAUAACAAGCUUCAUGCCAGAAAUGGGUCGUCGUCUGGAACGUAUGUCUUCGGCACCAACAUUGCCGAUGACACCAAAAUCAUGUUUACGUCGUAAAUCCUGCCUACACAAGUCAUCAACGGAAUCCAUUGAAGUCACAGACAAGGAUACCAAUACGGAUACAAAUAAGUGUUCAGAAAAUAAUAGCCAUCCACGUAAAAAAGUGAUAUUUGCCGAUGAUGAAGGUCUAUCGUUGACCCAAGUACGUGUCAUGUCUGAGCCCUCAAAUGUGCCACCUUAUUGGAGUAUGAAAUUUUUGGAACAAAUUACUCAAGGUUUGGUUACACCACAUCCUGCCGAUCAAUGGACCGUUGAUUUUAAACAACCUGCCUCCGAUUAUUUGGUCUUUAGACAAACCAUAGAACGUGAUUUUGUAUCACUUGAAAAUGUCAUUGUCAAGGACGAAGAAUCAAUUGUGGUGGGCACGGUUAAGGUUAAGAACAUAUCCUUUGCCAAAGAGGUGGUUGUACGCGUAACCUGGGACGAUUGGAAGAGCCAGCAGGAUAUCUUUUGUACCUAUAAUCGAGCCUAUGGCCCAGCCACAUGUGCUCAUGUUGUCUUCGAUACAUUCUCGUUUAAAAUAACCCUCCCACCAUCUUCCAAGCGCUUGGAAUUCUGUAUUUGCUAUCGUGCCGAUGGUCAAGAAUAUUGGGAUAAUAAUGGUGGUAAAAAUUAUACAAUUACCAAACGUUCGCCCUUCUAUUACAAUGCCCUGUCGCCAUAUGAAAAGAAUAAUAGCACAUCAAACAUGCGUAAUUCUGCUUCAUGCCAGAGUCAAGUAAGAUCGGCGUUGAGUGCAGCUUUGGCAAAUAAAAAUCCUGAUUCGCAGCAAAAUUGGCAACAGGAACCAAGUCCUUAUUGGUAG